AUGAAGAUACUAUUGACCAUCUUAGCUGUGGGAACCCUAACCGCUCACACUGCUGACGACGCGUCUAGUCUCCUUCGAUACGUGAAAUUCCAGUCCAGCAACUUUGAAAACAUCUUGAUGUGGGACAGUGGACCAGCUAGCACCCCAGACACGGUCUACAGCGUGGUGUAUAAGAGGUACGGAGAGACAAAGUGGCUGGCCAAGGCAGGCUGUCAGCGGACCACGAGGAAGUCCUGCAACCUGACUAUGGAGACAGGCAACUUCACCGAAUUUUACUAUGCCAAUGUCACGGCUGUCAGCUCAGGAGGGCAAGAAGUCUCCAAGAGAACUGACCGUUUCAACUCACUGCAACACACUACCCUCAAACCACCGGAUGUGACCUGUAUCCCCAAAGUGCGGUCCAUCCAGGUGCUGAUCCACCCCACACUCACACCCAUCCUCUCGGAAGAUGGCCACCAACUAACCCUGGAGGAGAUUUUCCAGGACCUGUUCUACCGCUUAGAACUCCGUGUCAACCACACCUACCAAAUGCACCUUGAAGGCAAACAGAGAGAAUAUGAGUUCCUGGGUCUGACUCCUGACACACAGUUCCUCGGGUCCAUCACAAUUUUGGCUCCAAUGUGGUCCAAGGAGAGUGCCCCCUAUGUGUGCCAAGUGAAGACGCUGCCUGACCGGACAUGGGCCUACUCCUUCUCAGGUGCUGUGCUAUUCUCCAUGGGUUUCUUUGUUGGCUUGCUCUGCUAUCUAGGCUACAAAUACAUCACCAAGCCGCCUGCACCUCCUAACUCUCUGAAUGUCCAGCGUGUCCUGUCCUUCCAGCCACUACGCUUCAUCCAGGAGCAUGUGCUAAUCCCUGUCUUGGACCUCAGUGGCCCCAGCAGUCUGGCUCAGCCCAUCCAGUACUCCCAAGUGGUGGUCUCUGGGCCCAGGGAGCCACCUGGAGCUGCACAGCGGCACAGCCUGCCUGAGGUCACCUAUGUAGGGCAGUCAGAUGUCUCCAUCCUCCGGCCCACCAAAGCGCCACCUCAGCAGACAUUGUCCCCACCAUCCUAUGCCCCAAAGGCUGUCCCUGAGGUCCAGCCCCCUUCCUAUGCACCUCAGGUAGCCUCUGAUGCCAAAACUCUAGUCUACUCUCCACAGCAGGUGAUGAAGCCCCAUCCUUCCACCCAUAACGAGCAAGGCAUUCUGGACAGCUGGCCUGCUUCCUAUGCUGUGUGUGGGGAAGACACUGACAAAGACUCCACUCCUGAGCUCUUCUCCAGUCCCAAACACCCCAUGCCAAAGGGUCAGCUUCAGGAAGGCACUCUGGCUGGAAGCCAUCUUCCUGGGGCCCUUUCUCUGCAGGGACUCACCUCCUUGGCUCAGGAGGCCAUACAAAGACCCAAGUCACUCCCCCUACCUCUGGAAUUUUGCACAGACAGAGGGCCUGACCUUCACGCACUGCACAGCAGUGAACCAGAGACACCACGGUACUUGAAGGGGGCGCUACCCCUCCUGUCCUCUGUCCAGAUCGAGGGCCACCCUGUCUCCCUCCCUUUGCAUACCCAUUCCCUCCCGUGUUCCCCCUCUAACCAGGAACCAAGUCCCUGGGGCCUGUUGGACUCCCUCGUGUGUCCCAAGGACGAGGGUCCGGUGACUGAGGCUGAGGCCAUGAGCCACAGUGUUGCAACCUCUGAGCUGGAACAGUCCACAGAACUGGAUUCUCUUUUCAAAGGCUUGGCCCUGACUGUGCAAUGGGAAUCCUGA